CGUGCAUCCUGGAAGCCUUUUUUUAUGCUUCGCUUAAGAUUCUUGUUAGGACUUGUUUUGCGCCACUGUGCGUAUUGCAGAGUACAGUCCUCUUUUUAAGAGGGCAGCUCCUAAAGACACAUCAGAAGUAUGAAAUGGAGCCAGUGACCUUUGAGGAUGUGGCUGUGAACUUCACCCUAGGAGAGUGGGCUUUGUUGGAUUCCAGUCAAAAGAAGCUCUACAGAGAUGUGAUGAAGGAAAUAUUUUUGAACUUGAUCUCCAUAGGGAAAGCACUAGAAGAAAAUAUUGAAGAGGACUAUAAAAAUUUCAGCAGAAAUCUGGGAACCCAGAUGGUUGAGAAAGACUGUGGCCAUGAAUUUGACAGUCAACACAAUGAAAACCAGGAGCCUGUUCCAGAGAACAUGGUCAAUAAAGAUACGUCUCUUGCAAUAAGAGUUCAUGAAAGUCCAUUGUAUGUAAGAAAUGUCAUUGGUCUUUUAUCCUCAGAUGGGUAUCUCCAUGACCAAACUAGAGGGAAAUGGUCUGAAUAUAUGGAAGCUGUAGCGAAAGCUUUUGCAUAUCAGAAACACUGGAAAUAUAUCACUCAUUCUGAAUCACUUCAGGUACUUGAAAGUUCUCCCAAAGAGAAACUCUGUAAAAAUCAGCAAUGUAAUGAAGCCUGUAGGAAUCUCCCUUUUGGUCAGCCUCAGGAGAGAACUUACACUGGAGAUAAACUCAAUAAAAACAUCUUAAGGAGAUACACAUAUGACCGGAAUUAUGAAGGAAUCCAUAAAGAAAUGAAAGCAUUUGUAUGUAAGCUCUGUAAAGAAUCCUUUAUUGAUUCCAGUGACCUUAUCAACCAUGAAAAAAGUUGUAUUGUAGAGAAAAGGUACAUUUGUAAGCAAUGUGGGAAAAUAUUUAAAGAUGCAAAAUGCUUUGAGAAACAUAGAGUAACUCACAAAGGAAAGAAGCCUUAUACUUGUAAGUAUUGUGGGAAAGUCUUCACCAGUUCUGCUUAUUGUAACAUUCAUGAAAGGAUUCAUACUGGAGAGAAGCCUUAUGCAUGUAUGCAUUGUGGAACAACAUUUAGCCGCUCCAGUCAUCUGAACCUUCAUGAAAGGAGUCACACUGGAGUGAAGCCUUAUGCAUGUAAGCAUUGUGGAAAAACCUUCAGCAGCUCUGGUAGUCGUAACAGACAUGAAAGGAGUCACACUGGAGAGAAGCCUUAUGCAUGUAAGCAUUGUGGAAAAACCUUUUCAUGCUCCUCUCAUCUGCACAUUCAUGAAAGGAGUCACACUGGAGAGAAGCCUUAUGUGUGUAAGCAUUGUUCAAAAACCUUCACCCAAUCUGGUCAUCUGAAUCUUCAUGAAAGGACUCAUACUGGAGAGAAGCCUUAUACAUGUAAGCAUUGUGGAAAAGGCUUUUCCUCCUCCAGUCAUCUGAACAUUCAUGAAAAGACUCACACUGGAGAAAAACUGUAUGCAUGUAAGCAUUGUGGAAAAGCCUUUAUCCAAUCUAGGCAUAUGAUUCUUCAUGAAAGGAGUCACACUGGAGAGAAGCCUUAUGCAUGUAAGCAUUGUGCAAAAACCUUCACCCAAUCCAGUCAUCUGAAUCUUCAUGAAAGGACUCAUACUGGAGAGAAGCCUUAUUCAUGUAAGCAUUGUGGAAAAGCCUUUAUCCAAUCCAGGCAUAUGAUUCUUCAUGAAAGAAGUCACACUGGAGAGAAGCCUUAUGCAUGUAGGCAUUGUGGAAAGGCCUUCAGUGACUCCAGUAGUCGUAAUAGACAUGAAAGGAGUCACACUAGUCAGUAGCCUAAAGCUUGUAAGCAUUGUGGGAAAGUCUUCACUAGUUCCAGUUGGCACAAGAGUCAUAAAAACAUUCACACUGGAGAGAAACCUUUCAUUUGUGAACAUUUAGCAAAGUGUUUCUUUGCUCUUUUUACUUUAUCAAGCAUCAAAAAAAUCUCACAUUGAAAAGGAACGUUAAUCAAUUUUUAGCAUUGUGAGAACGUUUUCACCACCUCCAGUUUCUGUAACCUUCAUGCAAGCAUUUACACUGGAAAGAAGUUUAGUGCAUGUCAGCAUUGUGUAAAGUAAUCACCAGAUCCUGUUGCGAUAAUGUUCUCUAGAAUUCACCCUGAAGACAACGAUUACAUAUGUAACCAUGUGGAAAAGGUUUAAACAUUUAUAGUCCUAUUAUACUAAAAAAAAUUUUUCCACUGGUGAAAGCUUUUAUUUUUAUAGUAAACGUGGGAAAUAAUUUAUAGUUUUUAUAAACCUUUUCCUUUUAAGGGGUAUGUUCCUGUAUUUCUGUGUUUUAUAUCUCUACAUAAACCCAUAAUGAUCUCACAUUGAAAA